AUGAAUAAUUUAAAGAGUAAACCUUUUGCCGUUGUUGAAUUCAUUGAAAAAGAUAAAACGUUGGUUUCAGUUGUGUCAGCAAACUGGUUAAGUGCUGCCAAUACACAGUGUUAUUGGCCAUCAGGUCCAGGAAGUCAUCAAAAAUUAAUUAAUCAUAUUCUUCCGGAUGUGACCUGGGAAAAAUACCAAUGCUCUCUUCUUAAAUUUUCAAGUACAAUUGAAAGUGCGACAAAAUCAGCGAAUGCCGCCCGGACGAGUGACAAAUUAUCAUCAUCCGAAGUUGAGAUAGCUGGAUUUUCUAAAGGCAGACCACCGCCACGACGCAGGCGAAAGAAUAAGGUAGCAGCGGCAGUGAAAAUUGUUACACCAAGUACGGAUUCGGGAGGCAAUUCGGAAGAGGAAGUCAGUUCUGGAGGUGAUCCUGUCGUCUCUGGUCUUGUCAAUUUGAUUAAUUCUGUGUCAACUGUAAUUGAAAAUCCAGGCAGUGACCCUCAACCCCGUCGUCAACCAACCCUUGUUUCAGUGGACUCAACAGUUGUCAAUUUGUCUUCCCCGAUUCAUCACCCCCCAGCAGCAUCACUAGGAGGGCAAAUUGUAAAUUUGUCGCAAAACGAGCCGGAAUCUCAAAUUUUUGCAGCGGUUGACGUGGUGCCACUCUUUGCUUCUCUGACCGAGUUGAUUAAUAAUUUCAAGUACGAGAAUAAUGCCUUUCAAACAAAAGUAACAGAAGAAUUGGUUAAAAUUAGAGGUCAUCAGGAAGAGAUAUUAAGGAGAACGGCUGGAACAAUCGACGAAUCUCCUCUAGAAGACGAUCCAAAUCGACCGGACAUUCCGUUGUCUACUCCAGAAGGUUUGGAUUUGUUAAACGAUUGGUUGAAAAGUAAUCAAACUAAAACUAUUUUGGUCGAAAAAUUACGAUAUCUUGGUGGUAAAAAUCCUAACGAAAUUGUAACCCGAAUAUUAGAACAGCUACUGUUGGACAAAUUGGCUAAAAUAAUCAGCCUUACUGGAGCAGGCAAAUGUGCUAAACGAGGAUUGAAAGACUCGAAGUUACAACAGGUGCUCUAUGAAACUGUUCGGCUCAAUCGUUCUACUCGUGAGUUAACGAACAGCGAAAUUGACGAUUUUACCAAGAGGUGGCUGAAGAAUUCUAAAGAUCGAGACGGCGGACGUAAACAACGAAAUAAGGAAGAAUGUUCAACAGGCAGAUUCCCGAACGAACAGCAAGAUGGCAACAUCGACGGGCCGUGAAUGAAUUUUUGAAUAGUGUUAGGGUCCCAGCAGUCGGUUCGAUUGUUAAUAGUGUCAGUGUACAUCACCCAGCUGUUGUAAAUAAUAGUAAUAGUAGAUUAAGUGGUACAAUUAGUAAUGAAGCAGGUGAUGAGAAUUUAGAAUUACAAGAAGUAGAUACGUUAGAUCGUUAUUCAAAUUCAGAUUCAGAUUGUAGCGAGGAUGCGACAGAACUUACAGAAAUUGUUUCAAUUGAUUUAGAAUUGAGGAAGUGGGCUUUAGCUCAUAACAUUAAACAUUUCGCUCUUGGUGAGCUCUUGAAAUUAUUUAAGAGGCAAAAAACUUUUCCUACUUUACCGUUAGACUCGAGAACUCUCAUGCGAACACCAGCUAAAAUUCGCACUUGUAAUAUUAGCGGAGGUAAAUAUUUUUAUUUUGGAAUUAGAAAGAAUAUGCUCAUCAGGAUGAAGUACGGGAUUAAGGAAAAUUUUAAUAGUUCCAGCAAGAUUUUACGCACAUUGCAAUCAGAGGUUAAUAGUCCAUUAAUUAGCCUUUCUGUAGGGAUUGAUGGAAUUCCUCUAACUAGAAGCACCAAUAAACAAUUUUGGCCCAUACUAGGUAGUGUUGAUCAAUCCUUUAAUUCGACACCUUUUGUUAUAGCUUUAUUUUAUGGAGAGUCGAAACCAAAUAAUUUAGAUUUUUUAACUGACUUUGUAAAUGAGUGUAAAACUUUAGAAAGGGAUGGCAUCUCUCUGGAUAUGCAUUACUCUUUCAGGGUUUCACGUAUUUUAGCUGAUGCUCCCGCUAGAAGUUUCAUAAAAGCUUGUAAAAAUCAUAACAGUUAUCACGCGUGUGAAAAAUGUCUAGAAGAUGGUGAGUGGAUGCAUAGUGUCAGAUAUUGCAAAGGUAAUUUCCCAAGCAGAACGGAUGAUAGUUUCAGGUUGCAGACGGAUAAAUCUCAUCACACAGGAAAUACAAUUUUACCUGAAUUGAAAAUUGGUCUUGUAUCACAAGUUCCUUUAGACUAUUUGCAUCUUGUAUGUCUAGGGAUUACAAGAAAAUUAACUCGCAUGUGGGUGAAAGGCAAAUUACCCCACCGUCUACAAAGCAGGAAUAUAUUAUUAAUUAGUGGAAGAUUGAAUAAUUUGUUAAUUUAUUUUCCUUCUGAGUUUCAAAGAAAGCCAAGAGGAAUCAAUCACAUUGAUCACUAUAAAGGGACAGAAUUUAGAACGCUUUUACUGUACACAGGAGUAGCAGUCUUUAAAGGAAUAAUUCCGAAAGUUCAAUAUAAAAACUUUUUACGCUUCCAUGUUGCCUUGUUAAUUUUGUUAUCCCCAAAAGCCGAUAAUAUUGAAUGGAAUUUAGUGGCUAAGAAGUUGUUAAAAAAGUUUGUGGAGAAAUGCAUCUCACUUUAUGGACAGGAAUUUGCUGUGUAUAAUUUGCAUGGGCUUCUACACAUUAAUGAAGAUGCAAACCUUUUUGGCGCACUGGAUAAUGCUAGCACAUUUCCGUUUGAAAAUUUCAUGCAAAAAAUUAAAAGUCUAAUUCAUUCGCAUAAUUAUCAUUUAGAGCAAGUUUUUAAACGACUAAUGGAAGCAGAAGCUCUGCAAAUCGAUACUAAUGUAGGUUUUAGUAAAUAUUGUCAUAAUGUGUUGUCUCCUAAAAAUAUUUGUAAGAACGGUGAUAACUGUUACAUGCUGCGUUCAGGGAAAAUUGUUGUAAUUCGUCGUUUUCAGAAGGAUGAUAGUAAUAUUAAAUUUAGUUGUCAAAUUUUUGGAGACAUCAAACCCGUGAAAGAUUAUCCAAUUGAUAGCUCGAAGUUAGGAGUUUUUGAAGCUUCAAACGUAUCCGAACAAGAAUAUUUACAUAUUAAACAAAAUGAUAUAAUUUGUAAAUAUAUUAGGAUGCCUUAUAAAUGUAAGUUUAUAUGUAUUCCGUUGCUACACUCAAUAAAAUAAAAUGAUUUGUCAACCUUAAAUUUGUGUAUUUUAAUUAUUAUUUGCGAGAAAUAUCCUUCGGAGCGAAUGGAAAAUAUAGCACGCGGAUAGAAAGCUGCAUUCCAAAAGCGCAUAGAAUGCUGAAAAUCGCAUUCGGACCGAAUUCCGGUCACGCAUUCGGACCGAAUUCCGAUCACGCAUUCGGAGCGAAGGCUUUUUUGCGGCAAGAUCCGACAUGUGGGCCGAAUUCGUUAGCCACCCGUGGAACGCAUUCGGACCGAAUUUGAUUGUG